AUGGUCCAUCACAACAAACAAAUAUCAAUUGUAAUUGCACCAACUGUUUUUGACUACUAUGUAGUCACAGUUUUGAUUGGUGGAGAGCCAUAUACUCUUGGACUUUUUGAUACUGCAGGUAUUUGUCAACAAGAUUAUGACAGACUACAACCGCUAAGUUACCCACAGACAGAUGUUUUUCUAGUAUGUUUCUCAGUAGUAUCUCCAUCCUCAUUUAAAAAUGUGAAAGAAACAUGGAUGCCUGAGAUAAUUCAUCACCGUCCAAAGACUCCUUUCCUGCUUGUUGGAACCCUCAUGGAUCUCCACAAUGACCCCUCUACUAUUGAGAAACUUGCCAAGAACAAACCGAAGCCUAUUACUCCAGAGACUGCUGAAAAGCUGGCGCAGGAUCUGAAGGCUGUCAAGUAUGUGGAGUGCACACCCCUCACACAGAAAGGCCUACAGAAUGUGUUUGAUGAAGCAGUGUUGGCUGCCCUGGAGCCUCCAGAACUGAAGAAGAAAGAGUCACAGGUGUGUGCUGCUCUGACGGCCUCCAGAGCCCUUUCUGCACAGCUGCUGUUGUCAUCAUACUAA